GCUCUGGGUGCAGACAGCCCAUUGAGGUAACAUAGAAAUACAAAUACAAACAUAGGCCCUGUUUUAAAACUGUUUUAAAAAAUAUUCUGGUUUAAGGUUCAGAUUUAAGGCAGAAUCCCAAAUACUCCCCUAUAAUAGUGGAUAAUCUGGCCAAACAGGCAGUGAAACAUAUGGACAUAGGUUGUCUAAAACAUUAAAAAGUGAACAUAUUGUCUGUGCAUAAGUAUUCAAUGCUUGUUAUUUUGGGAACCACUUGCUGAGAAUUUAAGAAAUGAAUUUUAGGGUUGGUUUGAGUAUUUCAGAAAAUAUCAUGGGAUUUUCUCACACAACAGUCUCUAGAGUUUACACCAAAUAGUGUGAAAAGCAAAAAACAUCCUGUGUGCAGAGGGUCUGCAGGCUGAAAAACCUUGUUGAUGAGAGAGACCAGAGGAGAAUAAUCAGACUGGAUUGAGCUGACUGAAAGCCUGUAGUAACUCAAAUAAGCACACUUUACAACCGUGAUGAGCAGAAAAGCAUCUCAGAACGCACAACACAUCAAACCUUGAGGUGGAUGGGCUACAGCAGCAGAAGACCACAUCAUAUUCCACUCCUGUCAGCCAAGCACAAGAAUCUGAGGCUAUCAUGGGCACAGACUCACCCAAACACUUAAUCUUCAACUGUCCAGAAUGGGUGUGUUUGUGCCAUUGUUCAUAAUAGGGAAACAUCAAACCGGAUUAUGUUCAUCUUGUGGUCAAAAAGAAACUGUUGUACAUUAUACAGUGUGUAGCAUUUACUAGGCAAAGAGAUGAGCUAUUACAGAAAUUGAGAGCUACAGGUUCAGUCUACUUCACUUUACCAAAUCUACUUAUUGUGUCUUAGACAGUCAAAAAUACCAAGAGCAAUACUUAAUUAUCUCAGAGUAACAGGAUUAGAUAAUAGUAUUAUUAGAUAGUAGUAUUACAUAUUAUUAUUAGUUAAAUUAUGUAUACUGCAUAAGAUUUUUUUUUCUUUCUUUCUUGGGGUAAUGUUUUGUUUUCCUUCCUACUUCAUACUCCAGUUCAGUUGCUGGCGGUAAUACACCAUGAGUUUGUUUGUCAAUCACCAUGAAGUCAUACUAGAAGAAGAAAAAGUUUCGCUAACUGCCGCAAAACAUUUAAAAAAAAAAGAGGACAUGGAACAUGAAGUCUAGGAAUCCAUCUUCUCUUUAGAAAAGAGUACUUUGUUCAAUACCAUAUUAGUGUUAUCAUUUCUGCUGUAUUUGGAGUUGUGUAAUGUAUGCACCUGUUGUUAUUAUAUAGAGCAUAUGGUUUUAUGUUUCUUUGAUUAAAACUCAAUAAAAAUAUAUUUUUUUUAAUUUAUGAAGAAGUAGGAGAAGAAGAAGCAGUUGUUGUUUAGCUCCUGUACUGCAGGCGGCAACAUGGCAACGUUUUGUCGGUCUUCGACGAGGAAAUUUGAAAAUGGCGGCGAAGGCGACUGAAGUGUCAACCUGUUUUCAGCUAUUUUUCAGCUAUUUUUCGGCUGUUUUCAGCUAAAGUUAGCCUCUAUGUUUUUUAUUUUUUAAAAUUUAGUUAUGUGUUAGCUGUUUAUAUCUCGUUGAUUCGGGACUAAAAAAAAUAUAUAUUUUUUUUUAGUUGUCAUAUUUUCUCUAAAGCAAGUGAAUAGCUCCGGCUGAAGUGCUGAAGAUGGAGCCCGGUUGCAGCACAGGACAGGACAGCAUCCUCUCCAGAGUGGCCCUCAAUGACAACAAGGCAGGCAUGCAAGGUCUCGACAAGGACAAAAUCAACAAGAUUAUUCUCGAAACGACCAAGGGGUCCAGAUUCUAUGAGAGCGAACUGAAAAAGGAGCGUCAGUUGAACCAGCGCGUCGAGAAGAUGAUGCGGUAUAAAGCUAAGGUUACUGAACAGCAGAUACAGAAAGCGCAAGCAGAGGUGGAAAAGCUGGCUGCUGAUCUGGAAAGGAGUCGCAAGCUGGAGAGGGUGAUUGUGCAUGUGGAUAUGGAUGCAUUCUAUGCUGCUGUGGAGAUGAGAGAUUGUCCGGAACUGAAGAAUAAACCCAUGGCUGUGGGAUCCAUGAGCAUGUUGUCCACUUCAAACUACCAUGCCAGGAGGUAUGGUGUCCGUGCUGCCAUGCCAGGCUUCAUUGCUAAGAAGCUCUGCCCGAAUUUGGUCAUUGUUCCACUCAACUUUGACAAAUACAGAGCAGUGAGUGAACAGGUGCGAGAGGUAUUUGCAGACUAUGAUCCUCACUUUUUGCCCAUGAGUUUAGAUGAAGCUUGUCUGGAUAUCACUGAGCAUCUGGAGCAAAGGCAGCACUGGCCUGAGUCUAUGAGAACAUAUCAAAUCUGUGAAGUGAAGACCACAGCAGACGUUAAUGAACUCCAGACCACUGUUGGAGCAGAGACAGAUACCCUCUCCCCUGUGCUGUUUGAGGACAGCCCAGGUUCCUCCCCUACUGUCCCAGGGGCUGAUGGGAAGGUGGAGGUAUUUGGGACAACUCCUGAAGAAGCUGUGAGGGAGAUGCGCUUUCGUAUCGAGCAGAAAACAACGCUGACUGCAAGUGCUGGUAUCGCACCGAACAUGAUGCUCGCGAAAGUGUGCAGUGAUAAGAACAAGCCCAAUGGUCAAUACAGAAUUCUUCCUGAGAGAAAGGCUGUGAUGGACUUCAUCCAAGAGCUGCCUGUUCGGAAGAUCUCUGGGAUCGGGAAAGUGACUGAGAAGAUGCUAGCUGCAUUAGGCAUCAUCACUUGUUCCCAGCUUGGACAGCAGAUGGCGAUGCUCUCAUUGCUCUUCUCUGAAACAACUUGGCACCACUUCCUCCAAAUUUCACUGGGGCUUGGCUCUACUCACAUAGACAGAGAUUCUGAGAGAAAAAGCAUGAGCACAGAAAGGACAUUUGCUGAGAUGAGCAAUGCAGACGAGCAGUAUUCACUGUGCAGAGAGCUCUGUCAUGAUUUGGCAAAGGAUCUACAGAGGGAGGGCCUCAAGGGUAAAACUGUCACUUUGAAACUGAAGAAUGUCAACUUUGAGGUGAAGACAAAAGCAUUCUCACUGCAGUGUGCUGUGUGCACUGAAGAGGAGAUUUUUGCUGCUGCUAAGGACCUUUUGAAAGCCGAGAUUGAUAAUGUCAGCCCUCUACCCCUGAGGCUGAGAUUAAUGGGUGUUCGGGUCUCAAGCUUCAUCAGUGUUGAUGAUAAACAGCCCCAGCAGAAAAGCAUUGUGGGAUUUCUGAAGAUAGCAUCAGACUGUAGCAGUUCAGCCCAGCCAUCCAAAUCAGAAAUGGUCAGUGUGUUAGGUUCUAGUGUCAGUUUAACAAGGGAACAGUGUCCUGAGACCAGAAGUGCUUCAUUUACAGGGGAGACUUCCAAACCAUUCAGUAAGUGGAGGACAGAAUCUGGUUGUACAGCUGAACCUCAGCAACAGACCUUUUUCCAAAAGGCCCAUGCAAAGAGGCUGCAAAAGCAAUAUGAGCAAGAAGAAACAUCAGACAAAAUAUUUAAAUGUUUACCAGCAGACUCAACAAAUAACUCUGCCUUUAUUGUCACAACCCACAAACCAACAGUCAAAACUGAAGAAACUCAGACAUGCACAUGGAAAAGACAUCCGGAUACAGAUGACACUGCAGCCAAAGCUGACUCAAGUUUGUCCACAACAAACAAAGUAUCAUAUGCAAGCCAAACAAAAACACAGUCUGCAAAUAUGCUGCAAUGUUUUACAUGUCCUGUGUGCUUCAAUCAAAUAGAAACUAAAAACCUCUCAUCAUUCAACCAGCAUAUAGAUGAGUGUCUUAGCGGUGAACUGGACAAUAAGAGGACAUCCAUGGAUGGAUGUCAAGAUGUGUGUCAGGAAGAGAAACUAUUGGGCAAGCAGGAUGAAGCAAAAAAAGAGCACAUUCAUCAUAAAGUCACAGAUUUAAACUCAGGAAGCAGGACAUCAAUAUUGAAAAGAAACAAUGAAAGACCUUACACCAGCUCUUCCACACCACUUUUUGAAAACAGUGCACAUUCUGAUUUUAGAACACCGUUUUUUAAACGCUUUAAAAGUACAAGCGAAAAGAGUUCCUUCGUGCCUCAUGAAGCCAUGAGUGAUUCUGGAUCUGUAUCCUUCCAACAGACAGCUAGUUCAGUUGAAGUUAUUAGUGAGCCACUGCACAAGAUGGUCCCCAUCUUGACAUGUCCAGUGUGCAGUCAGGCUCAGGAUACUGAUGACCUCAUUCUCUUCAACCAUCAUGUGGACAUGUGUCUUAACCAGGAAGUGCUUUUGGAGUUUAGAGAAGCUGUUCCUCCAAUGGCUCAGUCAGAUUCCAAAGUCAAAGAUCUUGAGAAAUUGUCUACUGCAAGAGGAAAGAGCAAAAGACGAGGAUCAUCACCACCUCCUCCCCCAAAGAAAACCAAAGCCAUCAGCACAAGACACACCAUUGAUAAAUUCUUCAAAGGAAACUGCAAUCAGAAAUUUUAAUAUGCUUCAUUUUAUCUCUUGGUGUCUGUGUCUGCUACGCCAGAUUGCAGGUACAGACCAAGCGGUGUGACUGUCAAUGAUGUAAUGAAUGUUUAAAAAAAAAAAAAAAAAAAAAAAAGCCAUUGUUAUUCAAGAUGUUUUGCUGAGUUUCCAUUCUGGAUGGAAAAAAAAAGUGAUAUAAAAAAUGGGGAAAAUAUGCUGCUCUAUCAAAUCUGAUUGUUAUGAUUAUAAUACAAUGUUUGCACUUUUACCUUGUGUGCUGUGCUAUGAGAAGUAUUUUAUCACUAAUUAAACACAAAUGAAGCACUUUAUUAGACCAUGUAGAAAUUUAGAAGGAUCAAAGCCAUAAAUUAACAGUUAGGUGUUUUUUGUUUUUUUUUAAGGAAAGCAACCCUGAAAGGUUUGAAAUUAAACA